AUGUUGUUGUCAGUUUUAGAGCACACUGAUAAAGUGAACUCUCUACAAAGAAGAGCAAGAAGCUGGGGUAUGUACUGAAGGCAAUACGCCUAUUGGUCUGAACCGGUCACUUCCCAGCAACAGCAAGACAGAGAUUGAAAAGAAAGUGAUGCUCAUAUGGACAUCCAAGCAAGAUAUGCUCCCUAUGCCAUUCCAUCCCAUCACUGGAGGAGUAGUUUUCAGAGAAAAGACCAAAUGCAUGUUAACAUGGAGACAAAGCAAAAACCUCUGGAGAGAACAAUGAAAAUAAAUAGACAGGAUGAGACCUUGGGGAGCUGGUUCAAGAUUAUCAUUCCCUUUGGUAUAAAAUAUGAUGAGAAGUGGCUGAUGAAUUUGAUUCAGAAGAAGUGCAGUGUCCCCUUCACUGCAGUUGAAUUUCACUAUGAGAAAAUGCAGGCCCAGUUCUUUGUUGAGAAAGCCAAUGUUGCCUGUGCAUUGAAGAAUGUCAACGGCCAGAUUUUCAAUGAGGAUAAUGAAAAGAUAUCUAUCUUUGUUGAGCCCUGUGAUGCACCCCAGUCUGUGCAGAAGGCACUGACAGCUGAAAAGUUGGAGCAGAUAAAGUUUCCUGGAGACUUGACACCAUGUGAUAUUGGAAUGCCAUGGAACUGUAGAAAUAGCUUGGCUGCUUUCCCGCAUGUCCAUCCAGGGAUCAGGCCCAUGCUUUCAUCUUUGUACUUGAGCAACAAGAAACCCUACUUGGUGCAUGGCCUGUCCACCAUUAUGGAGCUUGCUUCUGCCACCAAGAAGUUGAAUCUGUCCAACACUGAGGUGAAGAUUGCAGGGGAGAUGGACAAGGGUCAUCAGCUGGAACCAGAAGGGAUGAGUGCAGACAGAAAUGCCGUGUGCACCACCUUCCGUGAUAAGUCAGCCAACAUGAGCACCCUCCUGGAGUUGUUCCCCAGGUUACUAAGCUUGGAUGGCCAGGAGACACCCUCAGGUUCUAAGUGUGCUAUGGAAGCCCCCAAGUGCUUACCAAUGUGCAAGGGAAGCUUCUUUGGAUCUGAAGAGUUGAAGAGUCUAAUCCUGCAAUUCCUGCAGCAGUAUUACUUGAUCCAUGACUAUGGGAACCGCCAGGGACUUCUGGGUGCUUAUCAUGAGGAGGCCUGCUUCUCCCUGACCAUUCCAUUCCAACCCGAGGACCCAGCCCUAAGCAGCAUGUGUGCGUACUUCUUGGACAACAGGAAUAUGAAGACGCUCAAGGACCCCAAUCUGCGUGUCCAGCUGCUGAAACACACAAAACAUGACAUUGUGCAUGCCUUCUGUGCGUUGCCCAAAACUCAGCAUGACUUCAGCUCCUUUGUGGUGGACAUGUGUUUUCAGACGGAAAAGAUGCUCUGCUUCUCUGUCAACGGGGUGUUCAAAGAAGUGGAAGGAAUGUCUCCUGGCUGUGUGCGUGCCUUCACCCGGACCUUCAUUGCUACCCCUGCCAGCUCUUCCAGGUGA